UGGCUGCUUGGAGAAGUAGGACAGAAACAUUUGUCUGUUUUUGAGGGUGGCCAGGGUUGUUUUUGGAGCUUUGAUUUUUGCAAUGGCAGAAACACUCUGGAAGCCUUUGUGGAUUUUGUUACUAGUACUGAGUUAUGCUGAUGCAGGAAGUGUUUACAGGCAUCAUUGUACAAAAGAUGGUGCUCAGGAUGGGAGCACUGAAAGUACUACUGCUCAGACAAGCUCUGAUUCUGGAUUUGUGCCUAGUCAAGAAGCUUAUUUUGAGGAAACCCAGGACUUCUCAAAAACUCAGGCCUUUGAUAGUAGUUUGACCAAUGCAGGCUCAAGGGCAUUCAGUUUUCAGGGAACUACCUACACCUCAAGCUUUCAGCCACUAACUAGGGAUCUUAAGCCUGCCCUAAGCACCUCCUUCCAACAAGCCUCAGACCAGUCUGUGCAGACAGCAUACCAGCAGGCAGGUUCAGCCCGGCCUGUCCAGAGCAGCUGCCGACAGGUAGCUUCAGCCCGGCCUGUCCCAUCUGCUUCCCAGAGAGUAUCUUCCGCCCAGCCUGUCCCGAGCAGCUACCAUCAGGUGGCUUCCGCCCAGCCUGUCCCGAGCAGCUACCAUCAGGUGGCUUCAACCCAGCCUCUCCCAUCUGCUUCCCAGAGAGUAUCUUCCGCCCAGCCUGUAGCGAGCAGCUACCAACAGGUGGCUUCCGCACAGCCUGUAGCGAGCAGCUACCAACAGGUGGCUUCCGCCCAGCCUGUCCCGAGCAGCUACCAUCAGGUGGCUUCAACCCAGCCUGUCCCAUCUGCUUCCCAGAGAGUAUCUUCCGCCCAGCCUGUCCCAUCUGCUUCCCAGAGAGUAUCUUCCGCCCAGCCUGUAGCGAGCAGCUACCAACAGGUGGCUUCCGCCCAGCCUGUAGCGAGCAGCUACCAACAGGUGGCUUCCGCCCAGCCUGUAGCGAGCAGCUACCAACACGUGGCUUCAGCUCAACAUGUAGCGAGCAGCUACCAAAAGGUGGCUUCAGCCUGGCCUGUCCCAUCUGCUUCCCAGAGAGUAUCUUCCGCCCAGCCUGUAGCGAGCAGCUACCAACAGGUUGCUUCAGCUCAGCCUCUAGCGAGCAGCUACCAACAGGUGGCUUCCGCCCAGCCUGUAGCGAGCAGCUACCAACACAUGGCUUCAGCUCAACCUGUAGCGAGCAGCUACCAAAAGGUGGCUUCAACCUGGCCUGUCCCAUCUGCUUCCCAGAGAGUAUCUUCAGCCCAGCCUGUAGCGAGCAGCUACCAACAGGUUGCUUCAGCUCAACCUCUAGCGAGCAGCUUCCAACAGGUGGCAUCAGCCCCGCUUUUCCCAUCUGCUUCCCAGAGAGCAUCUUCAGCCCAGCCUGGAGCGAGCAGCUACCAACAGGUGGCUUCCGCCCAGCCUGGAGCGAGCAGCUACCAACAGGUGGCUUCCGCCCAGCCUGGAGCGAGCAGCUACCAACAGGUGGCUUCCGCCCAGCCUGGAGCGAGCAGCUACCAACAGGUGGCUUCAACCCCGCUUUUCCCAUCUGCUUCCCAGAGAGCAUCUUCAGCCCAGCCUGUCCUGAGCAGCUACCAGCAGGUUGCUUCCGCCCAGCCUGUAGUGAGCAGCUACCAACGCGUGGCUUCAGCCCAGCCUGUCCCAUCUGCUUCCCAGAGAGCAUCUUCAGCCCAGCCUGUCCUGAGCAGCUACCAGCAGGUUGCUUCCGCCCAGCCUGUAGCGAGCAGCUACCAACAGUUGGCUUCCGCCCAGCCUGUAGCGAGCAGCUACCAUCAGGUUGCUUCCGCCCAGCCUGUAGCGAGCAGCUACCAACACGUGGUUUCAGCCCGGCCUGUCCCAUCUGCUUCCCAGAGAGUAUCUUCAGCUCAACCUGUACAGAGCAGCUAUCAGUCUGGCCUUUCUUCCCCAAGUGUUGGCUUUGGUUCUAGUGCUGUGGGAACCGGACAAAGUGCUUCGAGUCUGUACAGCUCUCAGGACGUUUCCUCUACUUCAACCUAUAAGCCCUCUGUUGGCGCUCUAGGACUUGCCCAAAGCACGUACCAGCAGGGAGUUUCAUAUCGGCCUGUGCAGAGCACUUUGCCAUCCAGCUUUGUUUCUAGGGCACAUCCAUACGCCUCAAGCUUUAAGCCCUCUACUAGCACUUCAAAGCCAGUCCAAAGCGGCUACCAGCAAAAAGCAUCAGAUCAGCCUGUCCAAACUGCUUCCCAGAGAGUAUCUUCAUCCCAGCCUGUAACAAGCAGCUACCAACAGGUUGCUUCAUCCCAGCCUGUAGCAAGCAGCUACCAACAGGUGGCUUCAGCCUGGCCUGUCCCAUCUGCUUCCCAGAGAGUAUCUUCAGCCCAGCCUGUCCAGUCAGCAUACCAGCAGGUAGCUUCCACACAGCCUGUGUGGCGUAGUUCUCCACCUAGCUUUGUUUCCCAAAAGGUUGGCUUUGAUUCUAGUGCAGUGGGAUUAAGUGGCUCAAGGGCAUAUUCUUACACCACAAGCUUGAAGCCCUCUACUAGUGCUUCACAGCCUGUGCAAAGCACCUACCAGCAAAAGCCUGUCCAAACUGCUUCCCAGAGCAUAUCUUCAGCUCAGCCUGUACUGAGCAGCUAUCGGUCUGGCCUUUAUUCCCAAAAUGUUGGCUUUGAUUCUAGUGCGGGGACAGGCUCCGGGGUGUCCUCCUAUACCUCAAGCUUUAGGCCCCCCACCAGCAUUUCUAAGCCUGUCCCAAGCAGCUACCAGCAAGUAACUUUAUCCCAGCCAGCUCAGAGUAGCUACCCGCCUGAAGCUGCUUCCCAAAAUAUUAGAAUGGAUUCUUCUUUGACUGAAGUGGUAGGAAGUGUCUUGAGAAAUGACUACGGUUCUGAAGUAGCUACAACUGGAUUAAACUACAGGCCUUUCACCAGCAUAUCUACACCUUCCCAAAGUACUUGCCGACAGGUGACUGCAGCCCAGCCCGUUCAGAGCCGAUACCAAGAUGUGCCUUUUUCCCAAACCAGCUAUGGUGCUAGUUUGAGUGGUGUGACUUCAACUGGUUCAAGGAGUCUGUAUACCCCUUCAGACUCGGUGGCUUCAGUGGCUUCUGCUCAAGCGUUCAGAUCACCAUAUUCCUAUGCUCAGGCUUUGAGUUCCCUAGACAACUCUCAACCCUCUGCUGGCUCUCCAAGAUUAACAUGGACACAAAAGGUGCUGGAGUAGCUGAUAGCUUCCACUCCAUGGUGGGAUUGUCGCAGCAGCUGAACCUUUGAUUCAAAACUUUCUAAAUAAAUAUUCAACUCUUU